AUGCCAACCAGGAACAGCCAAAAGCUACGUGGUGUCAUCCUGGACAGCCUUUCAAUUUUCUCAGAGAAGCAGCGUCGGUUUCUGCGCUCUGAUGAGUGGGCGCCCAACAAGCUCUUCGAGGCCGAGGAUGAUGACAUUGCCACCGGCGUCAAGAGUGCGGAGGAUGAUCCAAAGGUCAGCGCAGAUGAGCCGAAGCCGGAGGAGGCGAAGGCCGACGCCGAGAAAGAUCCCGAGAAAGAUGCGGCAGGCGGCUGGACUUUCACCAUCCGCGAGCGACCAAUGCCAGAUCCAAGUACUGGCAAGAAGCGGCGGAAGGGGGCUGAGGAUUCAGAGGCCCGCUUCGAGGCAAUGGCCGAAAAGAAUGAGGCCAGCCAGAAGAAGCAGGAAGAGGAUGUUGAUACUUCCCUUGCCUUGCUGGAGCGUCUCAACCAGCAAAAUCAGACUCCCCAUGUGGCGCGUGAGAGGACGCGCCGAGAGCGCACACCAAAAAAGAAGCGCCAUCUCAGUCGGUCAAGAUCAAUCUCGGCUGCUUCGGUCACGUCCAGUAGUCACCGUGGCAAGAAAGGGCGCGCAAAAAAAAGGAAAGGGCGCAGCAGAAGUCGAGAUCGGGGAGAUCGGGGAGAUCGGGCUGGAGGAGCUGGUGGAGGAGGCGGCGGAGGUGGGAUGAGCUUUGAGGAGGCUUUGCGGCGUCGAAUGCAGCAGCGCGACUCGGAGAUGGAAACCUCUAGGAUGCCAGUGGUUGAUCCCGGGCAUGCCAAAAAGAAUUGGAGGUGA